AUGGCCGCUUUACUGAUGCCACGCAGGAACAAAGGGAUGAGGACUCGACUGGGAUGCCUGUCGCACAAGUCAGACUCGUGUAGUGAUUUCACAGCUAUUCUUCCUGACAAACCCAACCGCGCUCUAAAGAGAUUAUCCACGGAAGAGGCUACGAGGUGGGCAGAUUCCUUUGAUGUGCUUCUCUCUCAUAAGUAUGGGGUGGCUGCAUUUCGCGCCUUCUUGAAGACGGAGUUCAGCGAGGAGAACCUGGAGUUCUGGUUGGCCUGCGAGGAGUUCAAGAAGACCAGGUCAACAGCAAAACUGGUCUCCAAGGCCCAUAGGAUCUUCGAGGAGUUUGUGGACGUGCAGGCUCCGAGGGAGGUAAACAUAGACUUCCAGACCCGAGAAGCCACAAGGAAGAACAUGCAAGAGCCAUCUCUGACUUGCUUUGACCAAGCCCAGGGAAAAGUACACAGCCUCAUGGAGAAAGACUCUUACCCCAGGUUCCUGAGGUCCAAAAUGUACUUAGAUUUACUGUCCCAAAACCAGAGGAGGCUCAGUUAG